AUGGCCCGCGGGAGCACCGACACGUCGUGGGACCACGAAUACAACACAAUCCGCCGUGAGAAGCUCUUCCGCAACCCUCCAACCGACCGCAGCGCCUACCCUGCCCUCCAACUGGCUGUCAACCCCCAUAUCGAGUCUUUCAACGCCCUCUUUCGGAACGACGGGAAGCCCAGCCUCCUCGACCAUGCGCUUUCCGAGAUCGGGACCAAGACAUUCUUGGAUGGGGACGAGAGAGCAGCGCCGGGGGGCAAGAACAAGCUGACAGUCCGGUACAAGAGUGUCACGCUCCAGAAAUCCCAGGUUCCGCUGUCCAACAAGUUCGCCAAGAGGCGCGAAAUCUUCCCAGCCGAAUGCAGGGAACGGCAUGUCUCGUACCGAGGCAAGCUCACGGCCGUUCUGGAGUAUCGCGUCAACGAUGGCGAACCACAAGAGUUUGUCCGAGAGCUGGGUCAGAUGCCCAUCAUGGUCAAGUCCAAUAAGUGCCACCUCGAGAACAAUCCCCCGGCGCUGCUUGUGCAAAGGAAAGAAGAGUCCGAGGAGCUAGGUGGAUACUUCAUCGUCAACGGCAUUGAAAAGAUCAUCCGUAUGCUCCUGGUCAACCGCAGGAACUUCCCGCUGGCUAUCGUCCGCCCGAGUUUCACAAACCGAGGUCCUUCAUAUACGCCGUACGGCAUCAUAGUACGAUCCGUCCGCCCAGAUGAGACCUCCCAGACCAAUGUGCUCCACUACCUCAACGAUGGCAAUGUCACGUUCCGCUUCUCUUGGAGGAAGAACGAGUAUCUCGUGCCCGUCAUGAUGAUUCUCAAGGCUCUGAUCGAGACGAACGAUCGCGAGAUUUUUGAGGGCUUGGUUGGGCCACCCGAUUCAAAAGGGAUCGAGAACACCUUCCUGACGGACCGGGUCGAACUACUCCUCCGCACCUACAAGACAUACGGUAUUUACAGCAAGACACAGACUCGCUCAUACCUGGGCGAGAAGUUUCGCGUGGUGCUCGGCGUGCCAGACACCAUGUCAGAUUACGAAGUCGGCACCGAGUUCCUCCGCAAGAUUGUCCUGGUCCACCUUGGGUGUGUCGACGUCACCGAGGAACAGGACCUUGACAAGUUCAAGUUACUGCUCUUCAUGUGUCGGAAACUCUAUGCGCUUGUCGCCGGGGACUGUGCCGUUGACAACCCUGAUGCGGUUCAGAACCAGGAGAUUCUGCUUGGCGGCUUCCUGUACGGCAUGGUGCUGAAGGAGCGCCUGGAUGAGCUGCUCUCGGUCGCACUUAGAGCAGCGCUGCGCGACUACUUGAGGCGAAACCCAACCGUUUCCUUCACAUCUGCCACGUUUGCCAGGGACUUUCCAAUUUCCAUUUUCAGGAGGACAAACGAGAACCUCGGCAAUGCACUGGAGUACUUCCUGUCGACCGGCAAUCUCCAGAGCCCCUCAGGUCUCGACCUGCAACAGGUCUCGGGUUUCACCGUCGUGGCCGAGAAACUGAACUUCCUGCGCUUCAUCAGCCACUUCCGCAUGGUCCAUCGUGGUAGCUUUUUUGCGCAACUGAAGACCACGACCGUCCGAAAAUUGCUGCCCGAGUCCUGGGGCUUCCUGUGCCCAGUGCAUACUCCCGAUGGUGCGCCGUGCGGCUUGUUGAACCACUUAGCCCACAAGUGCAAGAUCAUGACGGACUCGGUCGAUGUCUCGGCCGUUCCGGCAGCUGCGAUGGAAUUGGGCGUCAACGACUACUCAUCGGCCGCCACCAGCGAAAGUGUCGUAGUGAUGCUUGACGGCCGGAUCAUCGGCUGGUGCACCCCGCAGGCCUCCAAGGCGAUAGCCGACACUUUACGACACUGGAAGGUCCAGGGCGGCCAUGGCAUUCCGGUACAACUGGAGAUCGGCUAUGUCCCUCCAUCGAAGGGCGGGUCUUAUCCUGGCAUCUACAUGUCUUCGCGACCAGCCAGGAUGGUUCGGCCAGUCAAGUAUCUGUCUUUGGGCCAGGAAGACUUCGUUGGCCCGCAUGAGCAGCCAUACAUGUCGAUCGCGUGCACAGAAGGCGAAGUCAUACCCGGUGACUCGACACAUGUCGAAUUUGACCCUACCAAUAUCCUCUCUAUCCUGGCCAACAUGACGCCCUUUUCAGACUUCAACCAGUCACCUCGCAACAUGUACCAGUGUCAGAUGGGUAAGCAAACCAUGGGCACCCCGGGAACCGCGAUUCGGCAUCGAACAGACAACAAGAUGUACCGCCUUCAGACCGGCCAGACACCCAUCGUCCGCGCCCCGCUGCAUAACACAUACGGUUUCGACAACUUCCCCAACGGCAUGAACGCGGUGGUUGCCGUCAUCUCAUAUACGGGCUAUGACAUGGACGACGCCAUGAUCCUCAAUAAGUCGGCUCACGAGCGUGGUUUCGGCCAUGGGACGAUCUACAAGACCAAGAAGAUCAGCCUUAAGGAGGACACAAGGACGCGCACGUCCAAGACUAUCACCAAGAUGUUCGGCUUCGCACCCGGUAGUACCAUCCGGCCGUCAGUCCGAGAGGUGCUCGAUGGUGAUGGACUGCCCUACGUGGGACGCCUGGUCAGAGAAGGAGACAUCCUCUGCGCAUGGCACACCGUCUCAGCCGACUAUAGUGGGCAGCUGAUCAACCGGGAUGGCGUCACGCACUGGGAGCGGUACAAGGAGGCGGAGGACGCCUUCAUUGAGGAGGUGCGCGUGAUUGGCAGCGACUCGGGCAAUGAGCCACUGCAGACCGUCUCGAUCAAGCUCCGUAUCCCCAGGUCCCCCGUCAUUGGUGAUAAGUUUUCGUCUCGUCACGGACAGAAGGGUGUCUGCUCACAGAAGUGGCCCGCCAUUGACAUGCCCUUCUCCGAGACGGGGAUCCAGCCUGAUGUCAUUAUCAACCCACACGCUUUCCCGUCGCGCAUGACAAUCGGCAUGUUUGUCGAGUCAUUGGCGGGCAAGGCUGGUGCCCUUCACGGCCUGGCACAAGACUCGACGCCGUUCAAGUUCAACGAGGAGCACACGGCGGCCGACUACUUUGGACACCAGCUGAUGAAGGCCGGAUACAAUUACCACGGCAACGAGCCCAUGUAUUCGGGCAUCACGGGCGAGGAGUUUGCCUGUGACAUAUACAUCGGCGUCGUCUACUACCAGAGGCUGAGACACAUGGUGAACGACAAGUACCAGGUGCGUACCACUGGUCCUGUGGUGCCGACGACGGGCCAGCCCAUCAAGGGCCGCAAGAAGGGCGGCGGUAUUCGCGUGGGAGAAAUGGAGCGCGACGCUCUGCUAGCGCACGGAACGGCCUUCUUACUCCAGGACCGCCUGCUCAACUGCUCCGACUACACCAAGUCCUGGAUCUGCCGGGACUGCGGGUCUUUCCUCGCGGUGCAGCCGACAGUGUCUCCGUUUAUUGGCAAACGGAAGCAGGUUGGCACCGUCCGUUGCCGAAACUGCGCGAAGCGCCUGGACGAGAUUGAGGGCUUGGAUCUCAUGAACCUGAACGGCGAGAUCUGGGAAGACGGACAGGGGGUGCAGUGGAUAGGAGGCGAGAACACGACUUUGGUGGUGGUGCCCGGUGCGCUCAAGUUCCUGGACGUCGAGCUUGCGGCCAUGGGUGUGAAGCUGAAGUACCGGGUGGACACGAAGGACGCGAUCCGGCGCGGGCCCCUGAAGCCAGCGGCACCGAAGGCGCUGCUCAAUGUGGCAGCGGCGGCGUGA